AUGGAGGUUGUCAAGCGCAACGGUCUUCGUGAGCCAGUCUCCUUUGACAAGAUCAGCCAGCGCCUUUCGAAUUUGUGCAAGAACGUGCAUCAGCCGUAUGCUGAGGGCAAGGCUUAUGGGCAUUGGAGGCGUUCAAGGCGGGUGAAGGACAUGUCUCUGCAGGUCACUGGUGGACCGCUCCUCAACGCAGAUCCCGUCAAGAUCGUUCAGAGGGUCAGUGUGUCGAUUUAUGACGGAGUGUCCACCGAGGAGAUUGACGUUCUGACCGCAGAGGUUGCAGAGACCCUGAAGACCUCCCAUCCAGAGUAUGGGAUUCUGGCUGCGCGCAUCGUGAUCUCUAACCUGCACAAGAGCACCCCUGCAACCCUGCGCGGGUCGGUGGAGCUUCUCGGCCCUGGCCGCUGGGACGAGGCGCUGUACGAGCGCAUCACAAAGGACGACGCGCUCUGUGAUGCCCUGGAGGGAGCGAUAGACCACGCCAGGUCCUAUGGGCUCGACUACUUUGGGGCCAAGACCAUGAUCAAGGGCUACUUGCUGUGCAAGGAAGGGCGGCCUGCCGAGCGCCCCCAGUACAUGUGGAUGCGGGUCGCGCUGCACCUGCACGGGCCCGACAGGCUGGACCGCGUCCUGGAGACCUACGAGCUGCUGUCCUGCGGCUACUUCACGCAUGCAUCGCCGACCCUCUUCAACGCUGGCACGUGCCACCCCCAGGACAGUAGCUGCUUCCUCUACGGCAUGGGAGACGACCAGGACUCGAUCGAGGGCAUCUUUGACACGCUCAAAAAGUGUGCCCUGAUCAGCAAGUGGGGUGGGGGCCUGGGCAUACACGUCCACUCGAUCCGCUCCAACGGAGCGGACAUCAGGGGCACCGCAGGGAAGGCCACCGGCAUCGUGCCCAUGCUGCGCAACUUUGACGCCCUGGCCCGCUACGUCAACCAGGGCGGCAAGCGCAAGGGAUCAAUUGCCAUCUACUUGGAGCCCUGGCAUGCGGACGUCUUUGACUUCCUGGAGCUGCGCAAGAACAGCGGGAAUGAGGAGAUGCGGUGCCGCGACCUGUUUACGGCUCUGUGGGUGCCCGACCUAUUCAUCAGGCGCGUCGAGCAGGACGGGGUGUGGACCCUUUUUGACCCCGACAAGGCCAGGGGCCUGUCCUAUUGCUACGGAGAGGCCUUUGACGAGCUGUACGAGAGGUACGAGGCCACGCCCGGGCUUGCAAGCCGCGUGGUCCGCGCCAAGGCUGUCUGGAGCGCCAUGCUGACCGCCCAGGUGGAGGGCGGCACGCCCUACGUGCUCUACAAGGACGCCGUCAACCGCAAGAGCAACCAGAAGCACCUGGGGACCAUCAAGAGCUCGAACCUCUGUGCUGCAGGCUGCUAUCGCAGCGGCCAGUAUCAGGUUGAGGGCCACGACUGCCAACUCGACCAAGAGAGCAAGCUCUCUCUCCAUACAGAGAUCACGGAGUUUACCGCCAAGGAUGAGGUGGCGGUCUGCUCCCUGGCCUCCCUUGCGCUGCCCCAGUUUGUCACCCUGGACUCGGACAACAAGCCGUUCUUUGACAUGAAGAUGCUGCGCGAGGUCACCAAGGUGGCGAUCCGCAACCUGGACCUGGUCGUGGACCGCACCUUCUACCCCGUGCCGGAGGCCCGCCGCUCCAACAUGCUGCAUCGCCCCCUCGGGCUGGGAGUCCAGGGCUUGGCGGACGUUUUUAUGAUGCUGCGCAUGCCCUUCAGCUCGCCCGCGGCGAGGGCGCUCAACCGGGGCAUCUUCCAGAGCAUCUACUUUGCCGCUGUCGAGGCCUCGGUGGACCUCGCGGCUGAGCUGGGGCCUUACCCGAGCUUCCAGGGCUCCCCCGCCUCCCAAGGUUUCCUUCAGUUUGACCUGUGGGGCGUCAAGCCGUCCGAGAUGGGCUACGACUGGGCCGGCCUCAAGGCGCG